AUGCAGCCGGGAAUUGGAGCCAGGGAAAGGGAGCCGGCGGUGAAACCCAUCCCGCCCCACGGGAGAGGCGCACCCCUCACCCUUCCCAUCACAGAGAACCGGUCCGUCGAGGCGCGGACGGCUCGUCCCGGUGCCGGCACUGGGCGGACACCGCUCCGAUCCGCCCCCACGGGCGGCGCCCGGUACCGACCCGCCCCGUCGGCGAGCGGCGGGCGCGGGGAGCCGGGCGGCGGCAGAGCCACGGGACGCGCCAUGCUGCCCGCUGCCCUCCGCCGGUGGCUCCGCCGACCCAAGCGCUCCGACCCUCGCCUGCUCUCCCAGUUCUUCUUUGCCGACGAGAGGGUGACACGGGUGGUGGCCGAGAUCAACGGGCUGGAUGCCGAACUGGACCCGCAGCAGUACCUAGUGCUCCUCAACCAGCUCCACCUUAGCCAGGCUCACCUGCUGGCCGUCCUGGAGCGGAUCAUGGAGGAGUGCAUCCCCACGCAGCGACACAGCCGGGACUACCUGGUCAAGUUCCCUGAGGAGCUCUUGGUGGACAACUUGGGGAACCACAUGCUGUUUGCUGCUGAGUGUCUCCUGGCUGGGACCUUCCCGGAGGUGGAGGAGGCAGACAGGGCACAGCUGCGGCCCCAGGCCAGGAACCUGCUGUGCAGCCUGGAGCUGGUGCGGACAGUGCUGCGGGAGCAGAGCCUGAGCCAGCCCAACUCCUACCCAGAGCCCGUCCGGGCUGUGCUUGUCCAGUUUGACCGGCUCUUUGCGGAGUUCGAGCUGAGCUAUGUGUCCUCACUGGUGGCAGUGAAGUCUCCUGAGGAGAUCUACAAGCAGCAGGAGAUCAUUGUGCUGUUCUGUGAGACGGUGGAGAGAGCCCUGCACCUGGGCUAUCUGACCCAGGAGAUGAUCGAUGGCUACGAACCGCUGUUGAUGUUCACCAUCCCUCGCUUGGCCAUUAUCAGUGGCCUCCUCAUCUACCCCGAGGGUCCCCUCAGCCUGGAGAGGAGCCCUGAGGAGAUGUCCCGGGUCUUCAGCCCCUUCUACAACCUCCUGAAGAAGAUCAGGGAGCUGCUGCGGGUGCUGUCAGUGGAGGAACUCUGUCUGCUGGAGAGGAGCCUGUGCACAGCUGAACCAGAGGAUCCCUCUGAUCCAGACAUUCCCCCAGUGUGGGGAGCAGCUGUGCCCAGAGAGGACCCCCCUGCUCCCUUUGGUCUCCUGGAGGUCCCUCGUGCCACACCACCAGCCCCCACCUGCACAACACAACUGGGACCCUCGGGCACCAACUGGCGCCCCCAGACCCCUGCGAGCAGCCCAGGGACAGGGGUUGAUGCCACCUUGGGUGCCCACUGCUCAGAGCUGCGCUCCCGGUACAGCAGCACCAAGGACAUGCUGCACACCCUCUUCGUCUGCAUCUCAGGGGUUGCAGAUCAACUCCAGACCAACUUUGCCAGUGACAUGCGGAGUAUCUUGAAAACGGUCUUCAAGAUCGUGGCCUCGCAGGCGGAGCCCUUGGAGGAGCCGAGUGCCAGCCGAGAGAAGGAUGAUGACUCCUGUGUGGCAGAUGCUCCUCACGUGGCUGACUGCCCACUGUGUUCUGGCCCCACAGAGGCUACCGGGCUCCGGAGGGCGGCAGGUACUCACCGCCUGCCCGAGUGGGUGCCCGACAGCACGUGUAGCCAGUGCUCUGCCUGCCGCUCACCCUUCACCCUGCUGCGCCGCCGGCACCACUGCCGCAGCUGUGGGAAGAUCUUCUGUGCCCGCUGCUCACCACACACCGCGGCAUUGCCGCAUUAUGGCCACACCAAACCCGUGCGUGUCUGCACCCACUGCUACACCACACACCUCUCACCCGCGUCCCGCUGCGCCCGGAACCAGUGA